GACAACAAAUACGACCGUCCAAUAUGCGCUUACUUUCAUUCAACCGCUUGUAUUAAAUAUCUAACAAGAGUGCUAAUCCUCCAUUAAAACCAAAAUGGUUCUCAAAAAAUUCGUCUCCUUCGUGUACAGCUUCAUAGGCCUCAGAGGGCAUCCGAGGAUUAAAGAUGCGGCGGCAGCUGCAGCUUGUAGGAGAAUCACAGUGGAUGUGCCGGGCAACGUCAAGCAAGGCGUGCUUGAAUCUCCUGUCGGAUCAAGUUCAUCCGAAAUCAUAGAAGCUGAAGGUGAAUUCUGUUGUGUUUGCUUGUCGCGAUUGAAGGCAGAUGAGGACACGAGUGCUUUACCUUGCUUGCACAGGUUUCAUAAGGUAUGCAUAGAAGGAUGGUUUAAUAAUGUGUGUCGAAGAACUUGUCCGCUGUGCCGGUCGUCCAUGGGGGGAGAAGAGAGGUCUCAUAAGAGAGAGGAACAGUUCACUGAAGAGAUGGUCGAAGCUCAUAAAGAGAAUUGCCUUCCACACAAGUGGGAGAAAAAAAUUUCAAUAACUCCGUUGCUAGAAUCCAACCCAGGCCUCCUGGGUCUGGGUGAAAGCCAGACAAAUGGCCGCUGGACGACAACGGAGCUGUUUCAUGUUGAUGGCUGCAACAUAGUACUAACUACGCCUGGUACCUCGCUUUGCUUUGUACCAAUCAAAAGUCAAUUAUUGUAUAAAAGAAAUAUGUGAGCAUUGUUAUUUUUUUUCUUGCUUGUAAUAAAAUAUUUGAAAUGAGGAUAAAAAAAUUAUUUAGUGUA